CAAACGUAAAAAUAAGGGCGAGGGUUCGGAGGAUGAUAAAAGCAGUGGUAGUAGCACUCGGAGUAAACAAUAGAGGAAGCAGGUUUAUGCUGAGGUGCGGUCGUCGUCCCGGAGAGUCUGGUACAUGAAAAGUUUAGACUGCCAAACACGCCCUUAAAUUUCAUUCUUCCGCUACGAGACAAACUCUUUCCUCUUUGGUUUCCUCGCCAGAUCUCUUCGUCUUGCGGCAUUAACGCCCACCACUGUAACGAAUGCUGCGAGACAAGCCCACCACGUAAAUCAACCUCAAUUUGUAUCCCCACAACCGUACUAAUCUAACUCAUUAGAUGAGGUGUAAGAAACAUCCCACCGACCUCAGUAGCGGCGUCGGGGUCUGUGGUUCUUGUCUCCGCCACCGUCUUCUAGCUCUAAUCGCCGCCCAGGCUCAGGCUCAGGCUCAGGCUCAAGCUCAGGUUCAGGCUCAGGCUCAGGCUCAGGCUCAGACCCACCUCCAUCACUCCCACUCAUGCGCUGCUGGUUAUGACGAUCAUCGCCCUCCGCCUCUCGUUUUCCCUCGCUCUGUUUCCCCUUAUGUAACCCGCCGUAAAUCUGACGACAGUCACACCUGGCACCACCAUCCUCUUUUCUACAGUACUCCUCAGGUGGGUCCCACUUAUGGUAGCGUCAACACCACCACCGAUUUCACCGCCUCACGAUCUCACAGGAAGAAGACGACCAGGUUUUCUCUCUUGUCAAACCUGUUUAGGUCCAGAUCCGACAAGUUAAGUCCCGAUCUCAAAUCGUCGGAUCCUGGGGUUUGUCAUCGCUAUUCGUGCGACGCAUCCUCCUCCUCUCCCUCCUCAUGGUUCUCGACUAUCUUUUCCGUGCGCCGGAAGAAGCAGCCGGUGAUGUACAUAGAAGAUGCAAUCCCCGGAGAUAGGAAAACUUGCCGGAUAAUGGAUCGUGGAAUGUCACCAGCGAGGGGGCCGGACACGGAGGAUUGCGAGUGUUUGUCUUCGGCAGAGGCGUCCCCGGGGAAGUGGAGGAGAACACCGGCGUCGGGACCGUCUGCCGUGAGACGUACACGGCAGGGACACGGGAAAAACGCGUCCGGGCUGACCUUCUGCUUGAGUCCGCUGGUAAGAGCGAGCCCGAGCCGUCACUGGGGCAAAAGUGGCAUGCCGGCGGACAUGGCGUUCGGAGAGGUUAGGUCGGGUCCGAUUAAACCUCACCUUUCGACGGCGGCGUCGUUUUGCGCGAACAGGUCAAGGAAACUGGUGGAUUUAGGGAGAGUCAAUCACAACCGUUGAAUGCGGCGACCGUUGACAUUCGAUCACCUGUAAGGAUUGCACUAAUUACAUACUUCGAUGAUACGAUUUUGCCCUUCCCUCUCAUCCAGCUUGGGAUAUUAUUUUUCCUUCUUCUUCUUUGAAUGGUUCAUACAGUUCUAAAUUAUUUAUUUACUAAAAUUAAAGCAAAAAAAUAACAGAGGGAAGUAAGGAAGGUAUUUAUUUACUGGUUUGUAUACUGACGUCCUAUUACACACCCAUUUUUUUUUUUUUUUUCCUUUCAAUUUCUUCCGAUUGUAAAUUUUCCAUUCUGACAAUUUCAGUCGAGUGAGCAGUUUUUACUA